AGUUGCGACUAGACUAUGGAGCGAAAACCUUUGCCAGUGAUCUGCUUGGCUAAAUCCCACCAACAUAGGCUUUAACUGGCGCUUGCUGACUGGAUUACACGCUUGCUGCUCGGGAAUAUCCGCGUAUUUUGUUACUUGAUAGGCUAUUAAUUUGGCGUUUCUUGAGUUAACCCACACAUAGGCCUAAACUUAUUUUCAAAGUGUAUUUUUCCAUUGGUGGAAUGCUGUUUAUGGGCUUUUUACAUCAUCAUCUGUUAGAGUACAACGCUUUGCUUUGCUUAUGUAAUUGGAGUCGUGGUAUGCAACUGAUAUAAGGAUCCGAGCGCUAAAUAAGGCUACUCCAUACUUACAAGACUUUUGAUCACAGCGGCAGGUGUGCACAGUGCAGUGACUUUGGCUGUGGAGCAAAUUGGCUGCACUGGUUAGUUGAGCGGUGUUGGUUAUUUGUCCAACCAAAUGAGGACUGCGCGUGACAUGCGGGCUUUGGAGUCAAGCAUCAGAAGGCUCUAACCUGUGGACAGAAGCCGACAGCACGCAGACAUGGGAUCCCUGAUGCGACGUAGAUGGUUCAUGAUCCCAUUGUUGGUGCAGGCCUGGCUGCUAGCGUCUCCAAUCAGUGAGCGAGCCUGUCCUCAAAGCUGUAGAUGUGAUGGGAAAAUAGUAUACUGUGAGUCCAAUGCCUUCCGGGAUGUGCCAAACAAUGUGUCUGUGGGAUGCCAGGGCCUCUCUCUGCGCUACAACAGUUUAGUGAAUCUCAGAGCUAGUCAGUUCUCAGGCCUCAGUCAGCUUGUUUGGCUUUAUCUUGACCACAACUACAUUAACACAGUGGACAGCCAAGCCUUCCAUGGGGUACGGAGGCUCAAGGAGUUGAUUCUCAGCUCUAACAAGAUCACAGAGCUACAAAACAACACUUUCCAUACUGUCCCUAACUUACGCAAUCUUGACCUUUCUUACAACAAGCUGCAGGCCCUCCAGCCCAGUCAAUUUCAGGGCAUGCGGAAGUUGCUUAGUCUCCACUUGCGGUCUAACUCCCUGAAAACUGUCCCAAUGCGUGUUUUUCAGGAUUUGCGCAAUUUGGAGUUCCUCGAUCUAGGCUACAAUCGAUUGCGAAGCCUGACUCGAAAUGCUUUUGCUGGGCUGCUCAAGUUGAUCGAGCUUCAUUUGGAACACAAUCAAUUCUCAAAGAUCAACUUCUCUCACUUUCCCCGCCUCACCAACCUGCGGGCACUCUAUUUGCAAUGGAACCGAAUUAAGUCAAUAAACCAGGGUCUAACCUGGACGUGGACGUCCUUGCAAAAACUGGACCUUUCUGGAAAUGAACUGCAAGUUGUGGAUGCCAGUACGUACCAAUGUCUCCCCAACCUACAGACCCUGAACUUGGACUCCAAUAAGCUUCGCAACAUGUCCCAGGAGACAGUGGAUGCCUGGAUCUCCCUCACCACCAUCAGCCUAGCUGGUAAUGUGUGGUACUGUAGCCCUACCAUCUGCCCCUUAGUGGCCUGGCUGAGGAACUUCAAGGGGAACAAGGAGACCACUAUGAUUUGUGCUGGGCCUAAGGAGGCCCAAGGAGAGAAAGUGAUCGAUGCAGUAGAGACAUUUAGUAUCUGUAAGGUCACUCCCACCACCCCUUUUGUCUUAACCACAGCCUCCCUCAACAUCCCAUCUCAGCCUGAGCUCCUGCCCCUUCCCACGUUGUCUCGGGUUGAAGAGGAGUUGACUCGCAGUGCUACGACCAUUCCGUCUCCUUCAGGGGUCUCCCCUACCACCCCAGAGCAAGACUUUGAGUAUGUGUCUCUCCAUAAGAUUAUUGCUGGCUGUGUGGCACUUUUCCUGUCGGUGGCUAUAAUUCUCCUGGUUAUUUAUGUGUCCUGGAAGCGCUACCCCAACAGCAUUAAGCAGCUCCAGCAGCGCUCCAUGGUCAAAAAGCAGCGAAAGAAUGUGCGGGAAACAGAAAGCACUCUCAGCUCACCUCUGCAAGAGUAUUAUGUGGACUACAAACCUGCAAACUCUGCAACUAUGGAUGUGCUGGUUAAUGGGACUGGACCCUACACAUACACAAUCUCAGGCUCCAGAGAAUGUGAGGUAUGAUCCAUUUCCACUGCGGGGCACCAGAGGUACCACAGCAGUUGAGUGCCCUGACGUUGAACAGGUAUGAGCAGCCCGUAGUGGAUUACUGCCAGGCCCAAGGGGCGCUGCACCUCAACAUGGGCUUUGAGCCCCCCUCCCAGGCACAGGGCUGUCUGAGGCCACCGGGCUGCAGUACAGGUCAUACAGCUGGUCUCCCCUCUGCACCCACCACCUUGCUCAUACGCACGGACCCCCAUUCCCUCCAACAGUGACUUGUGACCUGUGCAGAUGGGGAGACCAGACCAGUGCUCCCCUCUCCAUCUAGGCUACUGAGCAUGGUGUUGUUACAGUACUGUAUACCGCAGCAGAUAAUGAGUGAAACAGAUACAAAUCUGCACUGAGGAAAAACAUUCUGACUGGAGAAUCUGUUAUUAAUGGAGAGAAUACAUUUAUCUAACACUGAAUAUACCUUGACUAAUGAAAAUAUUCAUUAAUGGAAAUUGCAGUGUACUGUUACAGUAUAUUACAUGAUAGCUGCCCCUUUGAUGUCCAUUAUAAUUGAAUAUAGUCCAGUUACAGUAUCACAUUCCUUCUGCUUCUAAAAUGGUCUCCAGCAUCAUGGGGAGAAAUAUAAAAAAUGACAUGAUUCAUUACUCUUAUUGAACUUAUUGACUCUGCUGCUCACAGUUUCGGCACCUUCACUGUUUUAGGUAAGUCAUUAUCUACCAAAUGCAAUAAUAGAUCUGGGGAAACAGUAGGGUGAGCAAUGGAAUAGCAGAACAAAUUAAAGACUAACAGAGCUGAAAGGUUUUAUGCUGCUUUUUCUAAUAAUGCUGCCAGUCAGAGGCCUUACAGAUUUUCCAGUCCCCGUAGCUAUUUCAUUUCAAGAAGUGAGCCACUCAAAUGAAAUGACCCACAACGACAAGGGCAAACUUGGUAAGUGAUGGGCACACCGUUUUCAUGUCAAGUGUACAGAUUACAUUUAUUUUCCAGAAGUACAUUAAUGAAUAUUUUUAUUAUUUUUGUGAUUUUUAUGUUAAUUCUACUAUAAUGCAAUUAUUAUUAUUUAUUUUUUUGUUUCCAAGAUGAAAAGUAAAAUGUUGAUGCGUAAUAGACUAAUUGUUUUCAUGUCAAGUGUAGCCUACAGCUGACAUAUCUUGUCAGAAAUACAUAUUUGUUAUUGUGUUGAUAUGGAUUUGUUCAUCAUGAUCAUCAUUGCAUUUUUAUGAUUAAUGUAAUGACAAUUUAUUUUAUAUUAAUGUCACGUCAAACGUCAAUCUAAUUGUAGGAUUGUCUCUCACAUACCAUGUGUAGUUACUUAAAGGGAAGCAUUUUAGUGUGACCAUUAAUUGACUUUGUGACCUCAGAUAAUGACAUUCACCUAGAGAUCAGCAGUGAAUUCACUCAUAGUGGAGAUAGCUGUUGUAACAGCUUAACCCAGACUGUCUAAUAUUGAUGCCUGUCUGCUCUCCCCAGCUGUAACGCAUUAGAUCUUUGUAUCCCUUUUCCCCAAUGUCUACUGUGACUGUUACAGUUUUCAUCAAGGAGCCUCAUUUGGAUGUGGUUCAUACUCAUACUCCACUUCAAGGACACAUGUAAUAACAAAAACCCAAUGAACUUGUUCAAUACUAUGAAUAGGUAUCAAAUAAAGUGUCUCGGCUGAUUCAUGAACACUGCCAUUUGCCCAUGAAGAGGAGGAGCCUUGUCUGAAGUUCAGAUGAACUUGAACAUGCCCUGAUUUGGGUUUGCAGGCUGGGUAUGAGAGUGUGACUGACAUUUUGUGAAGUCGAGGACUUGCAAUAUUGGCUUGCUGUUUGAAGAAGAUGUUAUCCUGAUUUCUGUUAAUUAAACCAUAUAAAAUAUCAGCUUGAACUGUCGUCACACGAUAAAAUUAUAUUUCAAUAGAUUGUCUGACCAAAUGUUUUUUUAUGCUCAUUGAAGAAAAAAUUCCUGUGAACAUUAAAAUUACUUUUAACAUUUA